ACUGUUUGCAUUGCCUUCGUGGAGAAAUGCUCAUAGAACCUGCCUGCAAGCAGUAAAGAUAACCAAAUAAACGAAUCGUUACACGAAGAUGUGGUGAUGCAGCUCGUUACGUUCGCCGUUCGAAGGACCCAGCCUAGAUUAUGCUACAGACUGUUGGAGCACGCGCUGAGGAUCAAUUAAAUGGCUGUGGAAUUAGCCAACUAUCAAGGAAGCAAAUCAACAAGUGAGAAUACGGGAGCUGCACUUCUGCCUGCCUUUGAGCAGUAAUAUGAUGUGGGCGGGUGUCUGUCAGAGACGGGAAACUGAGACAACACUGCCAGAGCUCACUGAGCACCACAGGAUCAGACCGAAAGAGGAGGAACUCGAUGGACUGGAAUCUGUCCACAUGUCAGAGUCGGACGGAAAGUGUACCACACCAGGACUCGACGCACUGCGGCCAGAGUGCGUUACGGCCCACAGCGGCGUCGGUGAUGUAUGCCACAUAGACACACCGCUGACGAAAGGAGAAACCCAUCUGGGCCCCACCAGCACCGAGAACCUGAAGACAGAGAGCCCGGACUUUACGGAGUUGGCAUGCCUGACCCAUCUGCAUCCUGACCACGUCAAAACAGAGGCUGAUUGUGGAGGCCACCUCAAGGCAGAACACUGCAGCGACUUGCAAGAUAUUAAAUGCGUUGAUAUCAGGUCUGAUAAAAUGAAGUUUGAAUCCAGUGAAAUUUUAGUGAGUGAUCUCAUGAAUACUGUGCUUAAUGGCACUGGUGUUGAUCUCAAAUGCCAGACUGAACCAGGGCAAUAUGGAGGAGAGCCAAAUCCAUAUGGUAUAACACAAGGUAAAGAACAGUACAGUUCCACCCAGCAUGUGAGAUACCUUAAUAAGCCAUCCAAAUUCAUACAAAAUGAGGCUAUUCAUACUGGUGAAAAGCCCCAUAAGUGCUCUCAGCGUGGUAAGCAUUUUACUGAAGCGUCUUAUUUACGUAAACAUCUGAAAAGUCAUACAGGUUUAAAGCGCUACAAAUGUACUCGGUGUGAGAAGAGUUUCACUACUAAUUAUAUUUUACGUAUGCACCAGAUGAUUCAUACAGGUGAAAACCCUUACACGUGUACUCUGUGUGAGAAGAGUUUUUUGAUGAAAUGUAAUUUACGUGACCAUCAGAAAACUCAUACAGGUGAAAAGCCCUACAAAUGUGAUCAGUGUGAAAAGUGUUACCCUCGUAAAGUUUCUUUGGAUUACCACCAGAGAAUUCAUUCUGGUGAGAAGCCUUACACAUGUACUCAAUGUGGGAAGUCUUUUUCGCAGAGUUUUCUUUUACGUUCCCACCAGAAAAUUCAUACAGGUGAAAAGCUCUACAAAUGUGAUUGUUGUGAGAAGCGUUUUUUCCAUAAAUCUGGUUUAAGUUCCCAUCGGACAGUUCAUACAGGUUUAAAGCCCUUCAUAUGUACUCAGUGUUCAAAGUGUUUUUUUAAAUUAGCCGAUUUAAAAAAACAUCAGAGAAUUCAUACAGGAGAAAAGCCUUACAAAUGUGAUCAGUGUGAGAAGCAUUUUGCUAAACCUUCUUGUUUAUGGUCACACGUGAAAAUUCACAAAGGUGAAAAGCCCUAUAAAUGUCAUCAGUGCAAGAAGUGUUUUACGACUAAUUAUACUUUACGUAUGCACCAGAUGAUUCAUACAGGUGAAAAGCCUUAUACGUGUACUCAGUGUGAGAAGAGUUUUUUGAUGAAAAAUAAUUUUCGUGACCAUCAGAAAAUUCAUACAGGUGAAAAGCCCCACAAAUGUGAUCAGUGUGGAAAGUGUUUUCCUCGUAAAGUUUCUUUGGAUUACCACCAGAGAAUUCAUACAGGUGAAAAGCCUUACACCUGUACUCAAUGUGGGAAAUCUUUUUCAGUGAAUAGUGGUUUACGCUCCCACGAGAAGGUUCAUACAGGUGAAAAGCCCCACAAAUGCGAUCAGUGUGGAAAGUGUUUUUCUCGUAAAAAUUCUUUGCAUUGCCACCAGAGAAUUCAUACAGGUGAAAAGCCUUAUACUUGUACUCAGUGUGGGGAGUGUUUUUCGCAAAGUAAAGGUUUUCGUUCCCACCAGAAAAUUCAUACAGGUGAAAAGCCCUACAAAUGUGAUCAUUGUGAGAAGCUUUUCCUUCAUAAAGCUAGUUUAAGUUACCACCAUAGAGUUCAUACAAGUGCAAAGCCCUACACAUGUACUCAGUGUGCAAAGUGUUUUUUUAAAGAAGCUGAUUUAAAAAUUCAUCAGAGAAUUCAUGCAGGAGAAAAAGCCAAUAAAUGCGAAGCGUUUAACUGAAGCAUCGUAUUUAUGGAUACACAUAAAAUUUCACACAGGUACAAAGCCCUACAAAUGCAAUCAGUGUGAGAAGUGUUUUACUACUACAUCUAAUUUAAAUGUCCUCCAGAGAAUUCAUACAGGUGAAAAGCCCAAAACAUAAUCAUUGUAAUAAGUGUUUUUUUUUUUAAAUUAUUUUAUUUCAGUAACCACCAGAUGAUUUGCAUACAAAUGUAAUAUGUGAGAAGCGUUUUCCUGAUGCUCGAGAAUGCAUUGAGGUGGAAAAACUAUACUUAGUAUGGGAAGUGUUUAAAUAGUUUUCUUGGCCACCUGACAUUCAUAAAAAUGAAAAUCUGCAAAAUUACUGGGGAGUGUUUCAGAUCUUAUUUCAGUGUUUCCAUAAAAUGCAUUUGGGUAAAAGGCUGCACAUGUGUAGAAGGAGAUAUUUUGUUCCCCGUCUAGUUAUCCAUACAGAUGGAUACAUACACAUAUUCAUUAUAUUCAACCGCCAAUGGUUUUUUAAGAAGAGGACUGAAACUGGAUGUUACCCAUGUGGGAAGUUUGUUCAUGUGAGAAAUACAAGGGGAACAUUUUUUUGUUUAUUUUCUACAUGGUCAUUCCCUAAAUGACCACAACUAAAGAAACAAACAGCCAAAGCACUGCACCUAGUUUAAUGGAAAUUAUCAACCACAAUUCUUGAAAUUGAAUUGUUCAAUACAAAUGGUUAAACAACACAAAAUUGCCAGCAGCAAAAUUAUUUUGCUAUAGGGCUUCCGUAAGGAACUGAUAAACAAUUUACUACAUGACUGGCCCUCUUCCCUACAGUUUUCAAAUGGAAAAAUUAAAUUGCAAUGUAAUGCAAUGGAUUAUGCCCUGUGGUUUUUAUAGCAAACCUUUCUUGUUGUAUGGUAAAUUGGUGCUGAGUUUUCCCUCGCAUCACUUGCUGAUGGAAAUAUCAGUAUUUAUAGUGAUACUGACUGCUGCCACUUCAGAAUUUUCUGCCCAGAAAUAAUAUCUGUAAAUUUACUGGAACCAUGGAGUGGAUAUUCACUGUCCUUGGAAAUUACACAAACAAAGUUUUGGACGGCUAGCUGAAAAACUGCCAACUGACUGGGACAGACUGGAAUUGCAUUUUCAUUAUGUUCAAAGUCUUGUGGACUAUAAUAUGCCCGAUUCUUUAAGAAAUGUCAUUAUCUUGUACUUUGAAGACUGAAAGAUUUACAGUAAUGCAUUUGUUUUAAAAGGAUUUUUGAACAGAUUCUGUUUAUGGAAAUAAACAUGGUAAUUGGUAUUGAGAACAGGAAAAAAUCAAGGCACUCCUGAUUAAUAUAGAUGUUAAAAUUUUAUUUGUUGGUAUAGCAUGUGCACAGAGUAGAUUAUUUUAAAAGCAUGUUGUGCCUUUCCAUAAAUUUUAAGUGGGAACUACUAUCUUUUCAUCAGUAUAGGGGUCUUAAGAUAUCUGGAGGUCAAAAAUCUGUCCAAAACAUCUCUGAAAAUUAAAGGACGUGCUAAUCAGUUCCUGGGGACUCUACCAGUUGCAGUCUGGAGUCCAGCAAGCUGGCCCUCAUGAUCAAGAAUCUUGUCCUCCAGAACUUCCCCUGGUAAUCGCUUUCCAGAAGCGCGAUCAUCCUGCAACCCUCACACAGCUUUGGCUACAUUUUUACCCCCAAACUAUCACCCUUUCUCUCCCAAUGUCUCGUGUAAGUCACUGCCGAGACGGAGGCACCAAGACCACAACUUAAAAUCGCAUGGGUGGCUCCAGACAACUAGCAACAUAAACCAGAGAGGAAAAAAUAAGGCACUUUUAGCUGACAUUAAAUGUUGAAUAAAUAACACAAAAAAUGACUACCUGCUGCAGAAUCACUCUGGUUAUAAUCAACUAACUUAGCUAGCUUUUACUAAAUAGCAAUGACUGAAGGAACCCAUGUUCUAGGAAAUGUUUAAUUUAGAUUAUAAGAUUACCAGAUUAUAAUAAACUACAGCACGUAACAAUAAAGGCAAACUGACUACAAUUAUAUUUUGCUCCCAAGGGGGCGAAAAACCACAAAAACCUCCAGUUGGCAAGAGGGUGACCGAAUUAGCUAACUGGCUAUGUUACCCUAAUGACAACAAAGAUUUUCACCCUAGGAGCAAAAUCAUCUUAUCUUACUUAUAAUAUGGUUUAAAAAAAAAAAAAAAAAACUUUAACUUUUAUGUUUAAUCAAGUUCCCUUUGUCUCAUUUUUUUGUUCUAAAAGUCUGAAACCAUUCAGUGUGACACAUGCAAUAAUAGAGGAAAUCAGGAAGGGGGCACUGCUUCACUUCUAGUUUAGGACUUUCCAUAACUUUCCUGACUUAGCCUACACUUUGCGUCUGUGUAUUAUAAUGGGUAAGGAGCUAGUCUUGUAACUUAAAGCUCACAGGUUCGAUUCCCAGGUAGGACACUGCUGUCGUACCAUUAAGCAAGGCACUUAACAUGCAUUGCUUCAGUAUAUAUCUUACUGUAUAUAUAAUGUAUAAAUGUAAAUGCUGUGUAAAACGUUGUGUAAGUCACUCUGGAUAAGAGUGUCUGCUAAAUGCCUGUAAUGUAAUGAAUUAUAAGGUCUGUUUCAAAGGCCUACCUGUCAUAAUGAACAAGCUGGGUCUUGAAUGAAAUCCUGUAUUAUGUGCCAGAGUACCAAGAUCCAUAAUGUAAGCAUUAAAGCUUAAUAUUAUAAUUA